CGCGGCCGCGGGGAGGGGCGCAGGCGAGCGGAGGGAUCCCGGCGCGGCGGGGUAGCGCUGCGCCUCCUCGCUGACAGGCUAGCGGCGCGGGCGGCAGUUGCUGUGGUUUCGGGCUGAGGUGGCUCGGUGCGCGCCGGGGCUUGCGGACCCGCGUCUCGCUCGGCGUCCUCCUUUCGCACUCGCGGUGCUCACUCGCCUUUGUUACUCGGUGUGAACGUCCACCUGCCUGGGGCGGCUACGGGACCGCGGCGGGAGAGAUGUUCAAAAACACCUUCCAGAGCGGCUUCCUCUCCAUCCUCUACAGCAUCGGCAGCAAACCCCUGCAGAUCUGGGACAAAAAGGUGCGGAAUGGCCACAUCAAAAGAAUCACCGACAAUGACAUCCAGUCCCUGGUACUAGAGAUUGAAGGGACAAAUGUCAGCACCACAUAUAUCACAUGUCCUGCAGACCCUAAGAAGACACUGGGAAUUAAACUGCCUUUCCUCGUUAUGAUCAUCAAAAACCUAAAGAAAUAUUUCACCUUUGAAGUGCAGGUACUUGAUGACAAGAAUGUUCGGCGGCGGUUUCGAGCAAGUAACUACCAGAGCACCACCCGAGUCAAACCGUUCAUCUGUACCAUGCCCAUGCGGCUGGAUGAUGGCUGGAACCAGAUUCAGUUCAACUUGUCUGACUUCACCCGGCGGGCAUAUGGCACAAACUACAUUGAGACCUUGAGAGUGCAGAUCCACGCAAACUGUCGCAUCCGACGGGUUUACUUCUCAGAUAGACUCUACUCAGAGGAUGAGCUGCCGGCAGAGUUCAAACUCUAUCUCCCAGUUCAGAACAAGGCCAAGCAAUAACUGGACUGCAGCUAAGGGAGAUGGACCCUGGAUACGACCUUAGUUUAAAAAGGAGACUAUAUGGGGACAAUGCAAAACACACUUAUAUGAAUCCACUGUGCUAUGGUUCAUUUACUACUUGGUGUCCCUUGUCAUGGACACCAGUGACCAUGCCACAACCCUGUUAAUUGCAUUGUAAGGUCAGUGGGGCAAGGUAGUGCUUUGAGUGACACACAACUGCUGGGUUUCCUCUGCUGCCUGCCCCAGCGUGUGUGUGUGAGAUACAUUUACCACAAACACAGAAUUAGAGAUGUCCUAGAAGGCAGUUUCAGACCAAUAUUUCUUCCUACAGUUUAUUCUUUGUUUUAUAUAUUAUCUAAAUAUAUGUAUAUGCUGUGUAAUACUCAUAAUCUGGAAAUGAAUAAAAUGAUAUAUUCUUGGUUU